UCGGUAAAGAAAAGGUUAAAGAGCACCAGUAGGGAUACCUCAGCUAUUGACAAUUGUUUGUGAUUCUGCAGGGAUGGAGGUGACAAGGAAAAAUUUUAAAGACAGUUUACGCACGGUAUACAGUGCAAUUGACGAAGCCGACUUUCUUGCCAUAGACGGGGAAUUUUCAGGAAUAAGUGAUGGGCCCUCGGUCAGUGCACUUACUAACGGUUUGGACACGCCAGAGGAGCGUUACGAAAAGCUAAAAAAGCAUUCCAUGGACUUUCUCCUCUUCCAGUUCGGUGUCUGCACUUUCAGAUAUGAUCAUUCGGAAUCUAAGUAUCUUACAAAGUCUUUUAAUUUUUAUAUAUUUCCAAAGCCAUUUAGUAGGAAUUCUCCAGAUAAAAAGUUUAUUUGCCAGAGUUCCAGCAUAGACUUUCUGGCUAGUCAGGGAUUUGAUUUCAACAAAGUUUUUCGUAAUGGGAUCCCCUACUUGAAUCAGGAAGAGGAGGUUCAGCUGCGCGAGCAGUACGAGGAGCGACGGAAUCAGUCCAACGGGGCCGGCAACUCCUCGUUCAUCUCGCCCACUUCCAAGGGACCGGCCAACGUUCCAGACGAGCACAAGGACUUCAUCGGCCGGGUUAUAGCGAAAGUAGACGCCCUUCUGAACAACUCUGAGAAGACUGUUGACUUGGAUCCAUGCACUGGCUUCCAGAGGAAACUGAUCUACCAGACCCUGAACUGGAAGUACCCCAAAGGCCUCCAUGUAGAAACAGUGGAAACUGAAAAGAAAGAGCGUUUUAUUCAGAUCAGUAAGGUGGACGAUGAGGAGAGGAGGCGGAGGGAACAGCAGAAGCAGGAGAAGGAGCAGGAGGAACUGAAUGAUGCAGUCGGCUUCUCCAGGGUCAUACAUGCUAUCUCCAAAUCUGGAAAGCUGGUGGUUGGCCACAACAUGCUUCUCGAUGUCAUGCACACAAUCCAUCAGUUUUACUGUCCUCUACCUGAAGACCUUAACGAUUUCAAAGAGGUGACUAUGUGCGUCUUCCCCAGGCUUUUGGACACAAAGCUUAUGGCAUCCACUCAGCCCUUCAAGGAGCUGAUCUCAAACACCUCGCUGGCGGAGCUGGAGAAGCAGCUGAAGGAUGGUCCGUUCAAGCCUCCAAAAGUUGAAUGUUCUGAAGGGUUCCAAAGUUACGACACGGCGACAGAGCAGCUACAUGAAGCCGGUUACGACGCCUAUAUCACAGGCCUCUGUUUCAUAUCCAUGGCUAACUACCUGGGCUCUUUCCUUCCUUCACCCAAAUCUCACAUUUCAGCCAAAUCCAAACUCAUCGAACCAUUUUACAACAAGCUUUUCCUCAUGCGAAUCAUCGACAUCCCCUACCUCAACCUUAGUGGACCAGACUUGCAACCCAAACGGGAUCACGUUCUCUACGUUACUUUCCCCAAAGAGUGGAAAACCAGCGACUUGUACCAGCUCUUCAGUGCCUUUGGAAACAUUGUGGUUUCAUGGAUCGAUGAGACAUCGGCAUUCGUCUCUUUGAGUCAGACAGACCAAGUGCAGAUUGCCAUGAACACUAGUGAGUUUGCGGAGAGUUACCGUAUCCAGACAUACGCAGAGUACAUACGGGCCAAGCAGCGCGACAAGAACCCAGGACGCCGCCGCAUGGACGACGGCUGGAGCGACACGCCGUACUGCACCGCCGCUGCCAUGACGACGGCGGCCUACAGCUACACCCAUAACAGAUCUCUAACAGGGAAGCGCAGCAUCAGCCCGAUCCAGGAGGACCUGAACUCUGAAGGGGCCGACGCCAACAGCAGCAGCAGCAGCAGCAGCAGCGGCGCCAGCGGCUGGACCCACUACAGCAACGUGGACAAGGGCUUCAAGAAGAUCAAGAUGGAUGGGGGAGGAACGUUUGAUGGUGGGAGUGGACAAACGUAUGCUGAUAUUGUGGAAUCUAAGACGACUGACAGCUGGUUUAAGCAGCCGGCUGUUCACAGACCCAGCAUGAGUCCAAUACAGGAAGAGGUGGGACCUGAGGUGGCCGACACCGAUGAGUGGCCGCAGCCAUCAGCCAAUCAGGGUAAGAAGAGUGGUAAACCCAAGAAGAGGAAAUCUGAGGAAUCCACAUCAUCUGGUCUCUUCGAUGUUCCACAAGUCUGGUAGCAGGAGGAAUUUCCUCUUGCAUCCUCACUUUAAAAUUCAACAAACAAACAAAAAAACGUACAGAAAUAAAUAUACCUAAAUGUAACAACAAGCCAUAAAACCUCUUUUGGCACAGCAACUACAUGGGAGAGAAUUUUGUUGUUUGUCGCUGGAUUGUUAAAAUUCAUGUUUGUUCCUCGCACCUGCCCCGUCACCGUUUAUUCCAGUAGCCUCAUGCUCUCAUAAAAGGAUAAGAGCUUGAAGAUUUAUUUCCCACCUCACAUAAUCUCAAUUUUUACCCAUUUCUAACGGUACAUACCCAUGUGAUCAUUGUUUAAAAAGGUGCUUAAAGUUUGCUCUUUUGUUAGGUUUAUUAUUUUUUCGUCACUGGGUAACUUUUUGAAAUGUUCAAAAGGUUCUUGGGGCUCUUUUUGAAGAGUGACUGCUUUUGAGAGCAAGUGAUGGAAGCGUGAGGAUCUCUGCAGCACUUCACACCAAGUAUAUCCGUGUGUCAUUGCCCUCGCAUGCUUGUGCAGCCUUCAUACAGAAGGACAUUGGAUAUGCUUUUGCGGUCUGGGUAGGGACAUCUAGUGGAAAGUUAAGGGAGGUGCAACAUCAUCCAAACCCCUGUCACUUUUUUUUUCUUUCUUUCUUUCUUUUCCAGAUCUGGGUCGUCUUUUUAAAGAGAUUUUUGUUUCGUGAUUCAGGACUUAAGCCAGUGAGUUGCGUUGCGUUGUUUAUAAGAUGUGUUCAUUUGGUGUGUAACAAUCACAAUUUGUGUGAGACGUGCAAGACCAAGUUUAAAAAAAAAAAGGCACUUCAAUUGUCACACAGCUUUUUGGUUUCAGUUUUAACUGUGGAUGUACUCUCUUUAUCGUCUUUUUGGGAUUGUGUGUGCGUGUGUGCGCGUGUGUGUGUGCGUGUGUGAAUGCAUGUUUCAACGGUGGAACUUAAUCGAUCCUAAACCUAGUUAUUGUAUCGUCAGGGUUCUGUGAAAUUUUAAAUGCUGUUCAAUAUUUUGUCAUGAUCCUUUUUUUAAGAAUGAGAAAGUAUGUCAACUACCAACAGGCCAACUUCCUUUUUAAAAAGUAGAAGUCAUUAAUGUCAUUUAAGAAUAGUCUGUAUUUAUUGACCAGCUAAUGAUAGGAAAGAUAGACAUGGAUAUUUUUGUAUGUAAAUGUUAUUUUUUUUUGUGUUCCUUUUUUUUGGACUUUCCGGUCAUAAUGCCACUCCCUGCGAAGCACUUGCAAAAAAAGAAAUGUCAAAGGAAUGUUUAAAAAAAAAAAAUGUCAACAUGAAUAUGUAUACAUGUUUGUGAUGUUUAUUUUCUUCCUUUUUGUAUGAUCAGCAAAUGUCAAAACAUCCCCUUAUUAGGGGGGUAAAUAUUAAAGAAUGUUUCUUAGUAA